AGGAGUAAUUUUAAGAUUAAAAAGUUUUUAAUUUAAAGCCUGUAAACAGAAAAUAACCACAAACCAGUCAAAGUGUGAUGUGAGGAGGACGGACCUAUGUGUAACAAUAUCUAAUAUAUCUAUCUUGUAGCUUGGUGAAGAUGGCUGGAGGAGUGAACAGGAAGAUUUCGGCAGCAUCGGCCAGAGCUCACACCAGAAGAGCCAAGAGUAACACUGGCUUUAAACUUCCUUCAGGAAUUUUCAAGAAAGCACUACUUGUGUUGUUCGUUGGGUUUUGUGCAUGGGCAUACCAAGCAAUCCAACCUCCACCACCCAAGAUUUGUGGAUCUUCAGGUGGCCCUCCUGUUACAGCUCCAAGAAUUAAACUUAGAGAUGGAAGAUAUCUGGCCUACAAAGAGCAUGGUGUUCCAAAAGACACUGCUAAGAAUAAAAUUGUCUUUAUCCAUCCUUUCGAUUGUUGCAGGCAUGACUCCUUUUUGGAUAAAAGCCUAUCUCCGGAAAUUAUUGAAGACUUGGGUAUCUAUAUAGUGUCCUUUGAUAGACCUGGUUAUGGAGAAAGUGACCCUAAUCCAAAGCGAACUGAAAAGACCAUGGCUUCAGAUAUAGAAGAGCUUGCUGACCAGUUGGGUCUGGGGCCCAAGUUCUAUGUAAUUGGUGUUUCAAUGGGUGGGCAGUUGGUUUGGAGCUGCCUCAAGUACAUCCCUCACAGGUUGGCAGGUGCAGUGCUACUAGCUCCGGUUGUAAAUUACUGGUGGUCUGGUUUUCCCUCAAAUCUUUCUAAUGAAGCCUACUACCAACAACCUUGGAAUGAUCAAUGGACAUUCCGCGUUGCUCACCAUGCCCCAUGGCUUACAUACUGGUGGAACACUCAGAAGUGGUUCCCCUCUGCUAGUGUUCUGGCUAACAGUUCCAAUAUUCUUUCUCAUCAAGACAAAGAACUGAUUGCUUCAUUAAGAAUGCCAAGAAAGACACAUGCGGGACAAAUAAGACAACAAGGUGAAUUUGAAUCCGUCCAUCGUGACUUGAUUGUUGGAUUUGGAACCUGGGAAUUCAGCCCUCUGGAACUGGAAAAUCCAUUUCCAAACAACGAAGGCUCCGUCCACCUGUGGCAUGGCGAUGAAGAUAGGCUUGUGCCUGUUACAUUACAACGUUACAUUGCACAGCAACUCCCAUGGAUUCACUAUCAUGAGCUACCAGGUGCAGGACACCUUUUCCCCUUUUUCAAGGCGUUUGCCGAUACUGUCAUCAAAGAGCUUUUAAUCAAGAAGGAAUAACUUUCUGUUAAGGAAUCAGCUUCAUUAUUCAGCUAAUUUUCUGUGCAUCUUGUGAUUUGGAAUUUAAUUUUCAUGUAUGAUAAAUUUUGCUGUAGCCAGUAGUUUUCUCAUAAACAUUAAUAUGAGAAAUCCGAGGCUUUAUUUGGUUUUAGUUUGAUGAAACUGCUUUUGAGCCAUAGUCAGUAAUUUUUUUUUUUUUUUUUUUUUUUUUUUGGGUAUACUUUGAUUGUCAUGCAGUCUUGUAGUAGCAUAUGAUCUAUGAGAUCUGGUGGAUACUGAAAUAGAGGAGACGACUCCAGUUUCAGGAUGGGUUAUCUGGUUAAUGAAUCUGCUACAUGUAUCUUGGAAUUA